UUUAGUUAUCCAUUACUUUCUAAUUUAAAUAAUGUGUGAAAGAUAUGAAUGUACAUUGUCUUCGGAACUAUUGAACAAAGCUGUGGCGGAAUUAAACGAACCUGAAGAUAAUGAUAAGAGAUUGGCUGCGAUUGAUAAAUUGAAAACUAGAUUUCAUGAAGAAAGUAAUGGAUUAGAAUUAAUUCGAUCUGAUGAUGCUUUUUUGUUGAGAUUUUUGAGAGUACGAAAAUUUGAUGAAGAUCGUGCAUUUUUGACUCUGUUAAAUUAUCACAAACAAAGAAUAGAAUGGAAAGAAUUGUUCAAUUUUGUUAGUAAUCCCAAGAAAUUAGAGCAUCUCGCAACUGCAGGUGCCGUUGUUCCUUUGCAAGAUAAGAAAAGUAAAAAUGGGGAAUUUAUUAUAAUUGGUCGACCUGGUUAUGGUUUCAAAAAAUCUGACGAUAUGUUGAGAUUUGUGGCACUGCUUAUUGUAACACUCGAAAAAUUACUAGAACAAGAAGAACUUCAGAUUUGUGGGUUAUGUGUCAUUCAAAAUCUAUAUGAUGUUGGAUUUUCAAUUGCGACCCAAAUGCCUGGUAUUGGCAGAAGAAUGCUUGGGUUAUUACAGGACGCUAUGCCUGUUCGAGUGAAAAGUUUGAACAUUGUUAACGAACCUGUCGUUUUUGACAUGAUUUAUAUGAUCAUCAAUAAAUUUUUGAAAGAGAAAAUGAAGAGAAGGUUGCAGCUCCAUGGUAGCAAUUUUGAAAAACUUCAUGAGGUAAUUGAGCCUUCAUUUCUUCCUUCAAUCUUUGGUGGAAGUGGGCCUGAUUUGGAUGCUGAAUGGUGGUCUAGUGAAAUAAUACCAUCUGAUGAAAGUGUUUGAAUAUAGAAUACAUGAAAUUCACUUUUGAAAAAGAAGUCUUUCAAUCCAGGAUUGUAGAGAUAGACAAAUUAUUAGUUGGUGUACUUGACUGUAAUUGAUUAAAAUCGCAACCGAAGAUGCGACUGUUACUUCAAUUUUCUUUUUUAAAUAUUUAAAUUCAUAAUAUCUAUAUUUCGGUGUGUGAAAGAGAAACGUUGAUUUUAUUCAAUGUUUUUAUGUCUGUUUUGGAUUUUUUUAAAUUGUUUUUUAACUGACUGAAAUCAUACACAGCAGACAGCACACUCUUUAUUGAUAUUUAUAUUCAUGUCACCUACUUCAUAUUAGAUAUGUUCUCUAGAUCAGAUUAAUUGAGGAAUUUCGUAGCAUAAGCUUAUAAAGUGUAUGUAUUUCCCCUCUUAAAUUUUUUUUGUGAGCCGAAAUCCUGUACCGUGCGAUUCAUUUCUAUUUUGAAUAACCAAAAUGAAUGCACUUUAGUAUAAUAUCUAUAAUAAUGAAGUUAGAUCAAUCAGUACUCGUUGGAAUUUCCCUGUUACAAGUUGAUUUUAAUUUAACUGAAAUCUAUCAGAUAUCUUUUAAACGUAUUUUCUAAAAUCCUUUUAUUCACCAAUUGAAUAUGUAUAUAUCUGUUAUUUUCAACCAUUUUAGCCUGCAUACUUUUUAAUGUUGUUUUGUAUAUACUACUUGUUUUAGUAUUGUGUAUUACUCGUUAAAUAUUUUUUGUGUUCACUGUCGUAGGAAAAUUUUCUUAGGUUGAUAAUAUAUUUUUAUGACUAUUUGUGCAAUUUAACACUUAAUAAAGUUCUCGAUAACGUUCAACAUAGCAAUAUUAAAAAAUUGUCACUGUCUUCAGCUUGCAAUUCGAAAUACAAAAAACGAUUUUACAAUGAUAUACUGCUGAUCUACUGAUAUCCUAUUCUUUGUCUCAAUUAAAUUUUUCAAUUGAUUGUUCUCUGUUUUACAUGUUUCAAAAGUCAUUUAUGCUGCUACUCUUCUAGUUCCAUAGGUAUAUAUGCAUUUCCUUGCCUCUUAAAAAAUAAGUUUCAAAAUCAUUACUAACUAAAAUUGAAUAUUCAUUUGCCACUAACAUUAGUUUCAAUUCUUCUCAAACUAGGAUAUAAUACUCUGAAAUAUCUUGUGAUGUAUAUAUAUAUAUAUAUAUGGACAUAAAGUAUACACAUGAAUCGUUUUGCAGAGUUUUGGUUGUUGUUUGUUGUAUUUUAACUUAUUGCUGUUGUCAAGAAAAUUCUCUUUAUAUGACUACUGAUGGACCAAUCAAUUUCAAAUUUCCAGUAUUUAGAUAUAGAUGGUCACUACAAGGCUAUUGCUUCCAUUGUUUUCAAAUUUUGCCUGAAUCCUAUAUUUCACGGAAAAAAAUUCUCUCUCUCAGGCCUUAAUGUACAUGUACCAAUGCAUGACCUAUGAUCCAUGACCUACUAAUGUAUGAUCUCAAUAUAUUUGAGCAUUGCUCAGUUGUUUGUUUGCAUCACUUUUGCUGUCUAUAUAACCCUACCUCCUUUUUUGAGGUAAAUUUUUCAACAUAAUGUAUAGAAUUCAAUCAUUUGUGUUGUGAAAACUUGAUCAGUUUAGCCCCAACUUGAUUUAAAGUGUACUUAAUCAUAGUUUUAUUAGAUAAAACUACCUCAAUUUGCCAGUUAUUGCCUUUCCGUUAUUUUUCCCUGACUACUUAUAAAUCGUUGAAUACACUGAUGAAAACACAAUUUUUAAGACUGCUUUUUGGUCUAUAUUUUUUAUGUUAUGUCAGAGAAAAAUUUCAAAAUUCACACAUUUUUGGGUAGGGAAAAUGUUUUUUUUUUGUUGAUGUGGUAUGUUGUCAAUAUUACACUUUCUAACAUGUAUAUAUCCGGUGUUAUUGUUUUUUUCUGUUAUUAUUUAUUACUGAGAAAUUUAUUUAUAAUAACAAUCAAUGAAUGGAAAACAACAAUUAUAAAACUGGUUGUAAUUAAGCGUACCUAAUAGUUUUGAAAUUAUUUUGUUAAAAAUUGUUAACUUAUUCCUGAAAAAUAUCUUUGUGGCUGAUGCCUUACAAUUUUGACAUGAGAUGGUGAAAUGCAUGGGACAAUCUUUACAGAUUCACUCAUGUGAACUAAUUUGCAAUAUGAAGUGCAUCUGGUACACAUGGUACAAGUGGUGAAAUAAGGGACUCAUGAGAUCAUGAAAUGUGUGAGACAACUUUUUCAUAUUUACUCAUGUGCACCAAUCUAUACUUUAUAGUGCAUUUGGUGAAUGUGGUACAAUUGGUGAAAUAAGGGAUGACAUGAGAUUGUGAAAUGUGCAAGACAAUCUUUGUCAAUUUACUUAUGUGUACCAAUCAGUACUUUAUAGUGCAUGUGGUGUAAAUGGUGAACUACUCUUUGACCUAGCUGUGUUCAAUUUCAUUCUAUCCUUUUAAACAAUGACAUAAGAUAAUUGUGCAUAUUGUGAUGUAUUAGAAAAGUAUGUUCUAUUCGUUUAUAACAAUAUUAUCCUAUACACUGUAUCAG